AUGUCUCCUCCUUCUCAAGCAUACCGUCCAUAUUUGGAACCGCACCAAGAUCCAGCUGGACCUGGCGAUGCCCGCCCUACAGCUAUCCAAAUCGUCAAGGACUUAGGCCUAGAGGGCAAGCUUGGAAACAUGACAGUCCUGAUCACUGGCUGUAGUGCAGGACUUGGAGUCCAGACUGCUAGAGCCUUGUACUUAACUGGCGCCAAAAUCUACAUUACUGUCCGCGAUGAGCAGAAAGGUCAAAACGCUAUCGAAGCCAUCACCAAGGAUGCACCCGGAGGACAGGCCGUCGAGGUGGUGUAUAUGGAUCUCGGAAAUUUCAGUAGCGUGCGUGCUGCAGCAAAGGACUUUAUGAGCAGAAGCGACAGACUCAACAUUCUGAUCAACAACGCCGGUAAGUUUCCAUAUCCGCCAACCCCUUCGCUCUGA